UCUUCUUCCCCUCCUUCUUUCUCCUCCCUUUCUCCCUCCCCUCCCUCCCUCGUCCGCCUUUCCUCGUCCUCUCUCCGACCGAUAAUUCAUUCUCCCCACCGGAGCCAGCCAGUCUGGGUGUCGCGGGAGGAUUGGGAGUGAGGAGGCAGAGGAAGAGGAAGAGGUCCACUGUCUUUCUUGGGGAGAGAAGCUGAGAACAUCUGGUCCUCCCCUUACCCCCAGUCCUGUGGGUCAGGGACUGAGCCAGGUCUUCUGCCUGCAAGACCACCUAAAGAAAGUCUGGAUCAGAAGUUGAGCCUCCAACAGGCCUGUGAGUCAAGGAGGCAGCCCGGGAUCAUCCCCAUUUUACAGGUGAAGAAACCAAGACUCAGACUAAAUGAUCCCACAGGUCCAGGGGCAACACAGCAAUUGAGCGGCCAAGCCAGGACCAUAAUUGAGUUUGGACCAUGGGGAGUAGCAAAAGCAAACCCAAAGACCCCAGUCAACGACGCAGAAGCCUGGAACCCUCCGAGAGCGUCCUCCACAGUGGCUUCCCUGCCUCUCAGACUCCCAGCAAAGUGUCUGUGCCUGAUGCCCACCGCACUCCCAACCCCCAGUUUGGCUCAGCACCUGAGUCAAAGCUUUUUGGGGGCCUCAACAUGUCAGACACAGUCACCUCCCCUCAGCGUUCGGGGCCUUUGGCAGGUGGGGUGACCACUUUCGUGGCCCUAUAUGACUACGAAUCCCGCACUGAGACAGACCUGUCUUUCAAGAAAGGGGAACGCCUGCAGAUAGUCAACAACACAGAGGGAGACUGGUGGCUGGCCCACUCACUCACCACUGGGCAGACUGGCUACAUCCCCAGCAACUACGUAGCCCCAUCUGAUUCUAUCCAGGCUGAGGAGUGGUACUUUGGCAAGAUCACCCGUCGAGAGUCUGAGCGGCUGCUGCUUAAUUCGGAGAAUCCCCGAGGCACAUUUCUGGUCCGGGAAAGUGAGACCACCAAAGGUGCCUAUUGCCUUUCUGUCUCUGACUUCGACAAUGCCAAGGGUCUCAAUGUGAAACAUUAUAAGAUCCGAAAGCUGGACAGCGGAGGCUUCUACAUCACCUCCCGCACACAGUUUAACAGUCUGCAGCAGCUCGUGGCCUAUUACUCCAAACAUGCUGAUGGCUUGUGCCACAGACUCACCAAUGUCUGCCCGACAUCCAAGCCACAGACCCAGGGCCUGGCUAAGGAUGCCUGGGAGAUCCCCCGGGAGUCCCUGCGCCUGGAAGUGAAACUGGGUCAGGGCUGCUUUGGAGAAGUGUGGAUGGGGACCUGGAAUGGCACCACCAGGGUGGCAAUAAAGACCCUGAAGCCUGGCACUAUGUCCCCAGAAGCCUUCUUGCAAGAAGCACAGGUCAUGAAGAAGCUUCGGCAUGAGAAGCUGGUACAGCUGUAUGCUGUAGUGUCUGAGGAGCCCAUCUACAUCGUCACAGAAUACAUGAACAAGGGGAGCUUGCUGGACUUCCUUAAAGGUGACAUGGGCAAGUAUCUUCGGCUGCCCCAGCUGGUGGACAUGGCUGCUCAGAUUGCAUCUGGUAUGGCCUAUGUGGAAAGGAUGAACUACGUCCACCGAGACCUCCGGGCUGCCAACAUCCUGGUGGGAGAGAAUCUGGUAUGCAAGGUGGCAGACUUUGGGCUGGCUCGACUUAUUGAGGACAACGAGUACACUGCCAGACAAGGUGCCAAAUUUCCUAUCAAAUGGACAGCCCCAGAAGCUGCCCUAUAUGGCCGAUUUACCAUCAAAUCUGACGUGUGGUCCUUUGGAAUCCUGCUGACUGAGCUGACAACCAAGGGUCGAGUGCCCUACCCAGGAAUGGUGAAUCGGGAGGUGCUGGACCAGGUUGAGCGAGGAUACCGGAUGCCCUGCCCACCAGAGUGCCCUGAAUCCCUGCAUGACCUCAUGUGCCAGUGCUGGCGAAAGGACCCUGAAGAACGACCCACCUUUGAAUACCUGCAAGCAUUCCUGGAGGACUACUUCACAUCCACAGAGCCCCAGUAUCAGCCUGGGGAGAACCUAUAGAGUUGGGCUGGGGCCCUGGUGCCAAAGACUCCCUCUUGUUCCUCAGGAUUGCCCUGAGGGCUUGCUGGGCCAGAGGCCUAUCCAGCUGAGACCAUGGUGCUGUAGCUAUGGUGGGCUCUUCCCAGAGCUUGGGCAAUGGGCCACUUCUUCCCCCCUUGCCUGGCCAAAGGGACUUGGUCACCCCCUCCCUGCUAACAGUGAUGAUGAUUUUGCCCUUGAGGUGAGCAGCAGUGAGGUGGUGGCCCCAGAGCUGCCAGUGAUGGAGCUGAAGGGCUGAAUGUCUGAGUCUUAGGCCUACUCUGCCAUGGGCGUUCCAGCCCCUAGCCUCCCUCUGCUCAUUGGGAGGAUGGAGGGACCAGAUUCUUGGAGCAGCAGAUCUCAGGCUGACAGCUCAGCACUGAAGGUCAAUGUGGGCACUGAAGACCCCUUUCCCUUCCCUAAUUGUCCUUUGUCACUCACUCCCUCCUUCCCAAAAAAACCAUGUUACCUUUCCUGGGCUAACUGCCUUGUCUGGUGUUACCAGCCAGUACAACAACAGGUUCUUACGGAAAAAAAGAGCUUGGGGCAUUUCUUGGGUGGAUUAGGGAUGGUCAGAGCCUUUUCUGCUCACAGCUGAAAAACUGGGAAUAGCCUCAGCCCUUCUGAGCCACAUCUAGCUCAGCCCAAAGGGCCUGGAGCCUGCCCAGAUGAGGGAAAGGCCCAUAUCCGGCUCAGUGCAAAUCAGGUUGCAAAUAUCAGUCUUCCAGUCCCUGUCCAGUCUAGUCUCCUUCCUUCAACAGUUAACACCAUAGGACUUGUCCAUUAGAAAAUCAUGAUGAAGAUAUCUUCUUGACAUUUUCUGGGACCUCACGUUGAGGACUUUCCUCUUCCCCUUGAAACUGGUCGAACAUUUCUAAGGAUGCUUUCUCUGAGAUUCCUCCCAUUUAAUGUUUGGCUGUGGUCGGCAAACUUCUGCUCAGUGUUUAGGCCUAGUACCUAUCAAACCCUUUCCCCCACCUGUUGCUGAUUUAUUUAUUCCCAGCUUCUUGCUCCUGAGCUGUCCAAAGAUCCCCUUUUCAAGUUGAAGAGCCACCUUUCACCCAGGGGUCCUUCAGGGCUGCAGGGCUCAUUCCUUUCUCUCACCUUUCACUCACAUACUCUUCCCUGCCAAUCCAUGGGGGUAAGAGGUCUUGCUGCCCCUAGCCACUGUGCUUGAAACCCCUUUGGGAAAGGUUAGCCCAGGAAUCUCCUUUGCAUUAGAGUUGGCCUUUUCUCCCCAAGAGGGACUAAAUCUUACAGAGCUCUAAUAGCAUGUUGGAGGACCCAACCCAUCAUAGCUUCACUCUUCACCUCCUCAUAGAUCAGCAGCAGCUCCUGAUCCUUUGGGGCUGCAGGCUUUAAAGUGACUUCCCUCCGAUCUUCCUUCCCUGGUUCCAGCCCAGUCCAAUGUCUCCAGGGCUCUAAAUGAGAUGCCCACUGAGCACUGCGCUCCAUCAUUAAAGGCUGGUAUAGAAUCCUCACUUGAUCCCUCCCAUGCUUUCCACUCCUUCCCCCUCCUCAAGAAUGUUCUUCCUCCAGGGUGGGGCUUCUAAAUUGGGGAAGAAGGAGGUAGAAUAGGGGAAGAACCAGAAAAGUCUGGUUUUUAUCACAGAGGCAGGACAGAGCUGGGGACUGGUCAGCAGCAGUUAGUGGUCUAAGUCCAUCACAGUUCUCUUCCUAUUCUGAACUCAGUCCCUGUUAUCCUUAAAGAUUUUUUUUCCAAUUCUGACCAGGUGACUUCAGGCUCUAAACACAAUACAAAGCCACAGAAUAUCAGAACUACAUCAAUUAGUCUAAUGACCCCAUUUUACAGGGGAUGAAAUUGAGGCCCAGAGGAGGGAAAAGAACUUUUCCCCUCACAGAAUUAGUGAAUUAGUGGCAGGAGUGGGACUUGAGAAUCCUGAAACAUGACAACAGCUGGAGAAUCUGACAGCUUAAAACCUGUUUCCAAAGCUGAGAAAGUGAUGGCCUUUGUUCCUGGGAGAUGGGAACGGAAACAAUGACAAAGAUGACCAGCAACGCUCUCAGCCCCUCCAAGGUGGUGCACACCAGACUAUUCUUAGCACCAAGUGACCAAAGGUGCUGGUUGAGAGGGGAAACCCAAUAUGGCCACAGAGAAAUCGGGGGAGGGGGAGAGGGAUUGGGAUUGGUGUCUUUUUGUGUGGGGGAACAGGGGUGGGGGGGAGAGUUUUUUUUCCAUAGUCUCCGAGUUGGAAGUGACCUUAGAAGUUCUACAGUCCAGCUCCCUGUCAGUAUCCCUGAUGGAAUUAUCCAGCCUCUGCUUGGAAACCAAUGACAGGAAACUUGCUCCCUUUAAAAUAAUUUAGAUGUGCCGAGAGAACUUGGACCCGCUCUUCCAGCUCAUGAGAUAGGAGGAAAAGUGGUGGGGCCUGGUGGAAGGAAUCUAAAAUCUGGCGACAGAAACAACUGUCAAAGAUAAGGAACCUCGCCCCAGAGUCUUUCCUGGGUCAGAACGCCACCUGACAGGGGCCUGGCAUUUCCUAUAGACCCUAAAGCCUCACUGCCAUUUUUGGCUAGGUCUUCCUCAUUCCUAUCCCUCCUUCACCCUCACCCCCAGCCCUAACCUCCCAUCUUCCCAUCAAGCUUGUCUUUCAGGCACAGACCCUGACAAGGUUGUUUAUGCUGAUAGCAACAGGGGGUGGAGGGAGCAGCAUUUCCUCAGAAAUUUUGCAAAAGAGGUCUUCAAAAGGUUGGGAAGCCAAGGUUGCCAUGUGUGCGUGUAUGUGGGUGCAUGUGUGUAGCUGUGUGUCCAUAUUUAACAUGUAAAAAAAUCCUUUGGGGAACAUUGUACAUUACCUUUUUCCUAUUUCACAUCCCCCAGUAAUAGGCCCAGUCAGUCAUCCCUCCCACCUCUCAGUAGUAUAGCAAUAAUGACCACAGGCACCCUGGGGUUCACUUUCCCUGUGCUGGGUCAGUCCAGUGCCUGGGGCUGCACACCUGGGGUUAAUCUCUCCAAUCUCUGCACCAAUCAGCUGAGAAUGCAGGCUCAGGCCCAGGGAGCCCCAGGAGGAGGUGGCUGGGAUUCCUUGUGCCAACCAGGCCUUGCUUAUAUGAAAGGGCAUUGGCAAUGGCCUCCCUAGAUGCCCCAGCCAGUUCUGAGGGUUUCACCACUUCCAUUCUUCAACCUCCCCUACCCCCAACCAAUAAAGAGGCAAUUUGUUACCUAAUGAAACUGUACCAUAAUGAUUGCUGUCACUGUCUGGAUGCUCUUUAGCAUUCCUGUCCUUCUGAAGGAUUCAGUCCCUUACUACAAGAAGUUCUGAAGCUGUCAUUUUUUAAAACAGUGUUUUGUAAAUUCCAGAUGACUAUGCAGAGGCCUUGGGGUCUCUCGCCCUCACCCUGGUUUGGCCGUGUGUAGCCUUCAGCCUUGGUGGGAGGUGGGGAGGGAGGGAUGUUUUGAGAAUUGCAAAAAGGUGGUUUGUAAAUACUUUGCAUUUUGUCUGAUUAAACACAAACAGACCUCA